GCGAUACUUUCCCACAACUGUGCGAAUAAUAAAUUGGUUCGGCUGAGAAAAUGUUUGACAAUGGUCAGUCAGCAUUAGUCCUGACCCCAUUGCCAUCGCCAUGUCCGAGCGCCGAGGAGUGCACGAGAUACCCGGGGAGUACCAGCCAGUGCCCAGAGAACAGGACGAACCGUCACCAGUGGCCACAUCCUGCUGCCGGCGUCCCAAUUGCCACUUUGUACUCCAGGAUGAGCGGAAGGAUUGCUGCUGCAACCACGGCUACAUCAUACCCGUGUUUAUACUCUUCGUCCUGGUGAUGAUAGUCCUUUUGUUGCCUUGGGAGACCAUCCACCGAAAUGAGAACGCAAACAGCCCCGUUCCCGUGGAGAAUCCGUUGCCAUGUCAACUCGAACUAGUCGAGAGCCUGCCUCUGGGGUUGAACUUCAGCCAAGGGGAAGCGGAGAGCCACCGCCAACUGAAGAGCACCUUUGAGUCCUGGCAGUUGCUGCUGGGCAGGGCCAGGACUUCGCUGGACAUAGUCUCCCCACACUGGACGCUGCGCGGUUUGGACAUCAACGAUAGCAGCACCGUGCCCGGAGAACACCUUUUUCAGCGGCUGCUCUCGAAUGGGGAUGCCGGAAGACCCAAGCUCCGAGUGCGGAUUGUGCUUAAUCGCAGCCAGGAUAGCCUGUGGCAUGCGGAUGCUCGCAUCCUCGCCAACUACGGCGCAGCCGAUGUCGUGGGCAUCAAUUUCCUGCACUCUAAGCUAUGGCUGGUGGACGGAGAGCAUUUCUAUCUGGGCAGCGCCAGCAUGGACUGGCGAUCGCUUACGCAACGCAAGGAACUGGGUGUUUUGGCCAGGAAUUGCCCUCAUCUGGCUCAAGAUAUGGCCAAGAUUUUCAAGGCCUAUUGGUACCUGGGCAGCAAUGAGGUGCCGGAGUACUGGCCUUGGAUGUACCACACCCACAUCAAUCAGAGAAGACCCCUCUUGCUGAACAUAAACAAAAACCAUACAAUGCAGGCUUAUUUAGCUAGUUCACCACCUGGAUUGGCAGCCACUGGAAGGAGUCAUGAACUGGAUGUUAUUAUAGAAGGUAUCGACAAGGCCACUGAGUUUAUAAACCUCGCCCUGAUGGACUAUUCUCCUCAAUUGAGGCGCGGUAACAAGCUGGAAUACUGGCCCACAAUAGACAAUGCCCUGCGUAGAGCUGCCUUGGAGCGGGGUGUGGUCGUCAAGCUGCUCAUUUCCUGGUGGAAGUACUCGGAUCCCAGCGAGGAUCAUUUCUUGAGAUCCUUGCAGGCUCUAAACAAAGCGAAGGAGGAAGUGGACAUACAAGUGCGUCGCUUUGUUGUCCCCACAACGGAUGAGCUGGAUAGGAUUUCCGGUGGAAGAGUUAGCUGCAAUUCCUAUUUGGUCACCGAUAGCGUUGCCUUCAUUGGUACCUACACCUGGUCGGGGGAACAUUUUAAUUACUCGGCCGGCAUCGGAUUAGUCCUUCAGGACAUGGACUACAACAACAACAGUCUGCGCACCGACUUGCUGGCAAUUUUUCAGCGGGAUUGGUUCAGUCCUUAUGCUUUGCAUUUGCAGCCAAAUUUAAGAAUUUGAAUUUGGCAUUCAAACCCGCCGGCAUUUUGCAACACUGC